AUGCUCGACAUCAAAGACAAGGUUCACCAUACAGCGAGGUUCAAUAUCAAAGACAAUGUUCGCCACCCAGCGAGAGUCAACAUUAGAAACGAGGCUCGCCAUGCAGCAAGACUUGACAUCAAGGAUGAGACUGAAGGACAUGUAGAUGUUAUCAGUAUUGAUGAAGCAAGAGUUCAAAAAUUACUACAAAGAAAUACUCACAGUGAGAACAACUUACAGUUAGUGACUUCGUUUGUGAAUUUCUCCGAUACUCAACCAGAGACAAUAAAGGCUUCGGAAGCAACAAUUUAUGAAGUUGUAUAUUUCGAUGCUCCAGGAACUUCACAGGGCAACCCCUUCUCCUUCCUCCGCCCUCAACCCUCCUCCUCCUCCCCCUCCGAUUCCCCCUCAUUCCGCUCCGAUUAUGGCGCAACGCAGAAAAAGAAAGUCGCUGCGUCUUCUUCCUCGGCCUCGAAUAGUAACUUUGAGGGUUUCAAGAGGAGGAAGUCGGUGGCAUCGCGAUCGAUGCGUAGGGUUUCGGAUGCAACAACCACGGUUGAAAUUCCGAGGAAGAAGAGCUUCUGGUCUUUCCUUAAUUUCUCCUCUUACUCGUCCUCCUCAUCCUCCUCGAGCAGCAGAGACCUGAUGCAACAGCAGCGAAAAGAGAGUACCAGCGAUCGUGUUCAAACCAAAAUAGGAAAGGCUGAGGUUGCUGCAGAGAGCUCCUCUUCGUUUGGAAGAAAGGUUGCAAGAUCGCGGUCGGUCGGAUGCGGAAGCCGAAGCUUCUCUGGCGAUUUCUUGGAGAGGAUCUCGACUGGGUUUGGGGAUUGCACUCUCAGGAGAGUGGAAUCGCACCGCGAGCGCAUCAAGGGCAGCGGCAAGAAGCUUAGUGGUAAUGACGUGCAGAGGGUUAAGGAGAGGGUGGGCUGUGCCAGAAUUUUCAUCGGCGGCGGCUAUGAUUUCGAUAGUGAAGUUGGGUCGAACACGGGGAGGGCAUCAGCAUCAGCAUCAGCGAUUGCUGGAGGGAGGAAUCGCCAGUUGGGGGUUGGCAUUUGCGGGCCCAAUGGGAUCAUUUAAGCCGGCAAAAUCCUCAUCUUCUUCCUCCAAAUCUUAUGCUUCCAGUAAGGCCAGUGCUAGUACUGAUGCCGCCACUGCGGUUGGCAAUGGCAGAAAGAAUGGAGAGGUUGGUGCCAAUCCAUCCUUGCUUACUGUGGGAAGAUAGCUAGUGAAGUUAAAUUAGGAUUUGUUUUUGGUUACUUGUUUCAUAGUUAUGAACAGAUGCUGGGUAUGUUUCUUGAUCUGAAUUAGUCCUGAAUGUGAUUAUUUCUUUGCCCA